ACACAUACAGGUACCUACCAGAGGCGUCGUCAGCCCCUUUUUACUGGGGCACGUGCCCCAGUAAAAGUCUCCAGUGCCCCAGUAAAAUUCCAUUGAUCAUUAUUAAAUUAAUCUGCAGAAGCGCCGCACUCGCUAUGGAAUCGACAGGAUUCAUCAAGUACAUCUCCUGCUGCCUCGGGAGUCUUCAGUCGAGCCUGCCUCUUACCAGCCAAUCAAAAAACGAAAGGGGCUACAUAAAAGCCAAUCAGAAAAUAGCCCUAUUGUAUCUGGGUAAGAUUUAACGCAACAACCAAUGAAAAAAAUCAGUUAUUUACGGAUUCGUCCACGUGACUCUUCUGAAUGUUUCAGUGGUAAAGUGUGUAAAGUAUGACCAAGUGUUUCUUUCUGUUCAAUAGUCUAGAUAGAACUUUAUCAAUCCCCUGUAGGAGAGAUUUGUUAAUAAAACAAUAAUGGUAAAAAAAAUAAGGAAUCUCCCACUUCCGGCUUCCAUGAAAGAGAACCAUACUAAUUCACACAAUAGCGUUGAUGCAAAUCUAGCAUUAAAGGUUAAUUUAAGGAAGUUCUCUCCAGUCACGCUGAAACUAGUUUGCUAGUAGUAGCGCUUUAAUUUGCAGUGUAAGAGAAUUCUGAGAAAUCUGAAUGCUGACAAAAUUCUCAGAAUUCUGACACUGCAAUUUAUUUGCACGCUACGACUAGUGAACUACUUUAAAAAAAACUCGACACUGCGACCAGGCGACAAAUGACUGGUGAGAAGCUUCUUAAAUUAACCUUUAAUGCUAGAUUUGCAGCACUUUAAUUCCCGUCAACUUUGUUUUCUAACACCAGCAUUUCCACAACUAUGCUCAUGUUCGUGACUGCUAUAGGCCUACAAAACCAUUUAUAGUGCAUCUAUUUUUCUGCUGGGUAAUGCAGCUUUAAUUUGGGCUCUGAUUCUGAAUAAAUGCCGCUGCUGAACUGUGUGAAUAAAUAAAGGGAACUGAAAUCUAAAGAAGACACAUGGUUUUGAUGUAGGCCUACCGUGAAUUCCAGCUGAAAGUGGAACAUUGCUGCCAUCAGGGGAAAUUAAUGUAACCUAGGCAUAUUGUAAGUAGCUUUCAAUUCCUUGUUUUUUUGUUGAUCAUGUUUCGUUGGAAACCACGGGAGCUGGAAACAGCCCAGAGUAAGUCAUCUCCUUUUUUAACGUUACAACAAAUUCACAACUUGUUUGACACAAACAAUGACAACUUGAUUACUGUUAAAGAAUGUUGCCCACAUAAUUAGCACCAGUUUUUCAAUACUGAGCGUCUGUAGCCUGUAGUUUUAUAGCACACACACACACACACACACACACACACACACACACACACACACACACACACACACACACACACACACACACACACACACACACACACACACCAUGCGUGCACGCACACACGCGGAAAAUGAAUAAUGAAUGAAAAAUUGUCUGUCUUCAAAACUUGAGGAAGUUUUAGUGGACAAAAACUUCCUUAACACAAAAAAGGAAAUUAUGGAUAUACAGGGUGUUUUUAACAUAUAUGGAUCCAACAAUGUUCCCAACACUGACACAGAUAAUUCAGAUCAUUGCACUCACAAUUCCUGUAAACAGUUGUAGUUGUGAGCGAUCUUUCAGUGUGUCGAGAAGGCUCCACACCUGGCUUAGGUCAACCAUGGGGCAAGGAAGGCUUCACCAACUUUCUCUUUUGUCCAUUGAAAAGGAGCAACUAUGCAAAGUGAGUCAAAGCCACGUUAUUGACCGCUUUGCCACCAUGAAGGCGCGGCGAUACAGCUUAAUAGUGAAAAAAUAAUCAUUAAAAAAGGCUCUAUGCAGUAGUGUAUGGCCUUAUUUAGUUUAAUUUAAGAGCUUUGAUGGUUCUAUAACAUUUUCCAGGUUGAUUGGUGGCAAUGAGCCACCUCACCUUAAGUCAGAAAUUCUAUUAGUUUUAAACCUUGUUUCUUGCCUUUUUAGUACAUGUCGUUCUGGCAAAAUUAUGCUGUUUCCACACAGCUUCUAAAUAAAUAUAGAUGUGUAGACUUCUCCUGAUAAAGAGGUGAAGGUCAUAAAGAGACUUUUUGUUUAUUUGUCAGUUACCUUAUUUGUAAAUCUUUGAGAUGUGUAUGUGUUUAAAUAAAUAUAAUUGUACGGUACUCAUGAAUCCAUCUUUGCGUCUUUACCUUUACCAGUGCUUUAAUAUAGCCUACAAUAUGACAGUGACAAUGAUUUUGAAGCUUGUACAUACCCUUCUGUAUCCAUCUAUUUCAUAUUGUGCACACGUAAAAAAAAAAAUGUUGGCAGUUGGGGGCCUUUGCCCCAGUAAAACUCUAGGUCUAGCAACGCCCCUGGUACCUACAUUGGCGUGUGUUUGCUACGCGAGGGCAGACCACAAACGGUACAGCUUCCUUUUUGCGCGACUCGAGAGGAGACCCGGAACAGGUGGCAGUCUUGGCGCUCGUAGUACACAGCGCUACAACCGCUAAAACCGGACGCCGAUACCCGAGAGAACCUUAUAAUUGGUUGAAAUCAUUAGAAUGUGGUCCGGUUCGGCGCUGGUUCUGCUCUGUGGAGUUUGGACCGUGAACGCAGAAAUCAACUCGCUGACCUACAUCUACACGGCCUUCACCCGGCCCGUCGGCCUGCCCGGCAUCCACGAGUUCUCAGCCAUCGGCCUGCUGGACGGCCGGCCCAUCGACUACUUCGACAGCGACACCCAGGUGAAGGUGCCCAGGGAGGACUGGAUGAAGGAGCGGCUGGACAAGGAAUACUGGGACAGGGGCACCAGCUCCCGGCAGACCAAACAGCAGUGGUUCAAGGUCAGCCUCAAAGUCCUCAACGACCGCCUGAGGAAGAACGACACAGUUAACCACUAUCUCCAGUGGAGACAUGGAUGUGAGGUAAACACUACAGGCUCUGAGAGGAAGAUCAGUGGGAUUGAUCAGUACAGCUAUGAUGGAGACGACUUCCUGUCCUUCGACAGCCAUCACAAGCAGUGGGUCGCCCACAUGGACGGAGCCAUUCUGACCAAGCGCAAGUGGGACGGCAUCCAGCAGCUCAACGACUACACCGACGGCUACCUUCACAACGAGUGUGUCCAGUGGCUGGACACCUUCCUCAAAUACAGGAAGGAGGCCAAUAUUAAGGCCUCACCACCAGAAGUUUACAUAUCCGCCAGGCCAUUUGAGAACAACCUGAAGCUCAGCUGCCUGGCCACAGGCUUCCACCCCAAGGAGAUCACUAUGAACAUCAGGAGGGACGGCCAUUUGGUGGACCGCGACGAUGGUCUGCAGUCCACGGGGAUCCGUCCUAACGGGGACGGGACCCACCAGAUCAAGAAGUGGGUGAUGAUUCCUAGGGGCGACACGGCCAACUACACCUGUGAAGUCAACCACCCUGCGAGCAACAUCCAUGUGGUCGAAGAGUGGGCCUUGCUCACAUCGGUUGCACUGCCUCCAAUCCUUCCGCCGCAAGGCCAGCCAGCACCACCAGAAGUUUACAUAUCCGCCAGGCCAUUUGAGAACAACCUGAACCUCAGCUGCCUGGCCACAGGCUUCCAUCCCAAGGAGAUCACUAUGAACAUCAGGAGGGACGGCCAUUUGGUGGACCGCUACGAUGGUCUGGAGACAACGGGGGUUCGUCCUAACAGGGACGGGACCCACCAGAUCAAGAAGUGGGGGAUGAUUCCUCGGGGCGACACGGCCAACUACACCUGUGAAGUCAACCACCCUGCGAGCAACAUCCAUGUGGUCGUAGAGUGGGCCUUGCUCACAUCGGUUGCACUGUCUCCAAUCCUUCCGCCGCAAGGCCAGCCAGCACCACCAGAAGUUUACAUAUCCGCCAGGCCAUUCGAGAACAACCUGAACCUCAGCUGCCUGGCCACAGGCUUCCAUCCCAAGGAGAUCACUAUGAACAUCAGGAGGGACGGCCAUUUGGUGGACCGCUACGAUGGUCUGGAGACAACGGGGGUCCGUCCUAACAGGGACGGGACCCACCAGAUCAAGAAGUGGGGGAUGAUUCCUCGGGGCGACACGGCCAACUACACCUGUGAAGUCAACCACCCUGCGAGCAACAUCCAUGUGGUCGUAGAGUGGGCCUUGCUCACAUCGGUCGCAUUGCCUCCAAUCCUUCCGCCGCAAGGCCAGCCAGCACCACCAGAAGUCUACAUAUCCGCCAGGCCAUUCAAGGACAACCUGAAGCUCAGCUGCCUGGCCACAGGCUUCCAUCCCAAGGAGAUCACUAUGAACAUCAGGAGGGACGGCCAUUUGGUGGACCGCGACGAUUGUCUGCAGUCCACGGGGGUCCGUCCUAACGGGAACGGGACCCACCAGAUCAAGAUGUGGGUGAUGAUUCCUGGGGGCGACACGGCCAAGUACACCUGUGAAGUCAACCACCCUGCGAGCAACAUCCAUGUGGUCGAAGAGUGGGCCUUGCUCACAUCGGUCGCACUGCCUCCAAUCCUUCCGCCGCAAGGCCAGCCAGCACCACCAGAAGUCUACAUAUCCGCCAGGCCAUUCAAGAACAACCUGAAGCUCAGCUGCCUGGCCACAGGCUUCCAUUCCAAGGAGAUCACUAUGAACAUCAGGAGGGACGGCCAUUUGGUGGACCGCGACGAUGGUCUGCAGUCCACGGGGGUCCGCCCUAGCGGGGACGGGACCAACCAGAUCAAGAUGUGGGUGAUGAUUCCUGGGGGCGACACGGCCAAGUACACCUGUGAAGUCAACCACCCUGCGAGCAACAUCCAUGUGGUCGAAGAGUGGGAUCAGGGCGUUGUUCCUGUUCCACCCCCCAUUGGACUCAUUGUCGGGGCUGUUGUUGGUCUACUGGUGGUGGUGGGGCUCAUUAUCACUGGUGUGGUGAUUAUCCUCAGGAGAAGGAGGACACCAGCGGAAAAAGUUGUCACGAUCCUGCCCGUGCAGAUGGAACACCAGACCCUACUCACAGGUGCCAGCUCUGGUAUCGGCUCUGGUCCCAGGGAUGGUUCCAGCUCCAGUCUGGACCAUCCCCUUAAUACAACUCAGGUCUGAGUCCCGAUCACCACAUCCUGGGGUGUCUUGUUACAUUCAAGACUUCCACUCCUGAUUGCUUGGUUUCUUCUACGCUUUCUUUUAUGCUUCUUCUUUAGUGUUGUAAAUAAACUUCCAAAGCUUUUUAAAUCUUAUUUGGAAAAUAACUUCACACCAUGGUGUGUCUUUUUACAAUUUAUUCGUUACCAGCAUUUGUAGUGUUGAUCAGCAGUGAAAUAGUCCGCUAUAAGACGUUGACGUCGCUUAGCAACGGAAGACGCUGGGGUUGACAAGUUACCGGACUACUACCCAUGCAAGUGAACGGAGCGUUCCACGGCAUUGAGAAGACCCGUGUAAUAAAGGCCUAUAAAAUGUCUGUUUAUGGCAUAGAUUUCUCCUCAAAUUAGGCCAAUAAAGCAAUGAUAACAAAAACAAAAAAAACACAAACGAUCGAUUGUUUAAUUGUUUAACAUGAAUUGGCUAAACAAAUGACCACUGUAGCAUAUUUAAACACAAUUCAAAUUGACCAGAGAAUUAUUUCCAUUGGUCAUUGUCAGUGGCGGCUGCCGAUCAAACAUGUUGGUGGGGCACAGUAAUAGACAGGGGGUCUGAGGUUCUUCCCCCCCCCCCCCCGCCAUCAUUUUUUUGGAAUUUAAUAGAUUUGAUUUCCUGUAUUCUGGUGCAUUUUGGGGAUGGCCACUACCUAUUUACCUGCUUUUCAUUCAGAUUCAUAGCCUACAUCCUGACUUGCAGGGCCUGGACAAGCUUACACUGCAUAUACAGACCUACUUCAUGGCCAUUCCACCAGCCAUUGCUAUUUGACCCAUUGUUGUUAUUCGGAUAUUGAGACAAAUCAUGAUCACUGUCCUAUAGCGUCCAUUUUUCUCAAUGUCUACUUCAAAUGCAGUUAGAAAUAUGGGACAGUUGCUUCAUUUUGUUUAUAUGCUACAGGCCGAAAGACCGAAUUAAUAUGUAACUUACCUGCUCCUUUUAAGUAAAACAUUGCUUGGGGAGUCCAAUUCCUCCACUGAAAAGGGUGGAAAGUGCUUACAACUCUCUGCUAGUUAGCGAUCUAUGACACUGUUGUUUUUUAUUGGUCGUCAUGAAUAAAAACACAAGGGGCAACACUGUUGUUUUUUAUUGGUCGUCAUGAAGAAAAACAUAAGGGCCUGUAAAGACUGUCUUUGUCAAAUAAAACAUGAGGGGUAACUGUCGUUUUUUAUCGGCCAUCAUGAAAUAAACAUAAGGGGGAACACUGUCGAUAUUCAUCAAAUAAAACAUAGGGGGUAACAGUGUAGUUUUUUAUUGGUCGUCAUGAAAAAAUAAAUAAGGGGCAACACUGUUGUUUUUUAUUGGUCUUCAUGAAAAAAAACACUGUUGUUUUUAUCAUAUGAAACGUAAAGGAUAACACUGUCAGUUUUUAUCUGUUGUCAUGUCAUGUCGUUUUUAUCACAUGAAACAUGAGGGGUGAAACUGUCGUUUUUCUUUGGUCGUCGUGAAAAAAAAGAUAAGGGGUAACACUGUCGUUUAUAUUGGUCGUCAAGAAAAAAAACAUAAGGGGUAACACGGUUGUUUUUAUUGGUCGUCAUGAAAAAAAACAUAAGGGGUAACACUGUCGAAAUGUAUCGAAUAAAACAGGGGGUAACACUGUCGUUUUUAUCACAUGAAACAUGAGGGUUUGAAACUGUCGUUUUUCUUUGGUCGUCGUGAAAAAAAAGAUAAGGGGUAACACUGUUGUUUUUUAUUGGUCGUCCUGAAAGAAAACAUAAGGGGUAACACUGUUGUUUUUUAUCAAAUGAAACAUGAGGGUUGACACUGUUGUUUUUUAUUGGUCGUCAAGAAAAAAAACGUAAGGGGUAACUGUCAUUUUUUAUCGGCCGUCAUGAAAUGAAUAUAAGGGGUAACACUGUUGUUUUUUAUUGUUCGUCAUGAAAAAAAACACAAGGGGUAACACUGUUGUUUUUUAUUGGUCGUCAUGAAAAAAAACACAAGGGAAAUAAUAGAAGUACACACAUACAUUUUAAUGUCAUGUAUAUCCUCUUUAUUGAUGAUUGAUUAUUGUGUAUUGUCAUCGCCUCAGUGGUGCAGUGGAGUGCACUCUGCCUUACCCACUGGAGACCGCGACUCAAUUUCUGUGGAAAACGCAAUAUCUAUAAUUUUAAACGUAAUGCUAUCAUGUCUAUUGCAUGUCUAUUGUCAUAUAUAACCUCAGACAUUUAUAAAUUACUAAUCUCAGUGGGAAGUGGAGAGAGCUGUGUGCUAACCCCCUGGAGACCGGGGUUCAAGUCCGGUUGAUGUCCUCUGUUGGAAGACUCUUAUUUCUAUUUCAUGCGAAUUAUAAAGUCAAGUAUAACCAUUGUGAUGAUUUUAUUCGGUGUCUUGAUGGUGCAUUGAUAAGUUCGGAGGUUAAUACUCUAAACAGCUCAGGUUCGGAUCCCCGAAAAAACGUAGACAGGGGUACAACUGUUGUCAUUUAUUGGUCGUCAUGAAAGAAAACAUAAGGGUUAACACUGUCUUUUUUUAUCAAAUGAAACAUGAGGGUUGACACUGUUGUUUUUUAUUGGUCGUCAAGAAAAAAAACGUAAGGGGUAACUGUCGUUUUUUAUCGGCCGUAAUGAAAUGAACAUAAGGGGUAACACUGUUGUUUUUUAUUGGCCGUCAUGAAAAAAAUCAUAAGGGGUAAAACUGUCGUUUUAUAUUGGUCGUCAAGAAAAAAAAACAUAAGGGGUAACACUGAUGUUUUUUAUUGGUCGUCAUGAAAAAAAACAUAAGGGGUAUCACUGUUGUUUUUUAUUGGUCGUCAUGAAAAAAAACAUAAGGGGUAACACUGUCGUUUUAUUGGUCGUCAAGAAAAAAAACAUAAGGGGUAACACUGUUUUUUUUUAUUGGUCGUCAAGAAAAAAACAUAAGGGGUAACACUGUUGUUUUUUAUUGGUCGUCAUGAAAGAAAACAUAAGGGGUAACACUGUCUUUUUUUCUCAAAUGAAACAUGAGGGUUGACACUGUUGUUUUUUAUUGGGCGUCAAGAAAAAAAACGUCAGGGGUAACUGUCGUUUUUUAUCGGCCGUAAUGAAAUGAACAUAAGGGGUAACACUGUUGUUUUUUAUUGGUCGUCAUGAAAAAAAACACAAGGGGUAACACUGUUGUUUUUUAUUGGCCGUCAUGAAAAAAAUCAUAAGGGGUAAAACUGUCGUUUUUUAUUGGUCGUCGAGAAAAAAACAUAAGGGGUAACACUGAUGUUUUUUAUUGGUCGUCAUGAAUAAAAUCAUAAGGGGUAACACUGUUGUUUUUUAUUGGUCGUCAUGAAAAAAAACAUAAGGGGUAACACUGUUGUUUUUAUUGGUCGUCAUGAAAAAAAACAUAAGGGGUAACACUGUUGUUUUUUAUUGGUCGUCAUGAAUAAAAUCAUAAGGGGUAACACUGUUGUUUUUUAUUGGUCGUCAUGAAAAAAAACAUAAGGGGUAACACUGUUGUUUUUUAUUGGUCGUCAUGAAAAAAAACAUAAGGGGUAACACUGUUGUUUUUAUUGGUCUUCAUGAAAAAAAACACUGUUGUUUUUAUCAUAUGAAACGUAAAGGAUAACACUGUCAGUUUUUAUCUGUUGUCAUGAAAAACCCAUAAGGGGUAACACUGUCGAAAUGUAUCGAAUAAAACAGGGGGUAACACUGUCGUUUUUAUCACAUGAAACAUGAGGGGUGAAACUGUCGUUUUUCUUUGGUCGUCGUGAAAAAAAAGAUAAGGGGUAACACUGUUGUUUUUAUUGGUCGUCAAGAAAAAAAACAUAAGGGGUAACACUGUUGUUUUUUAUUGGUCGUCAAGAAAAAAAACAUAAGGGGUAACACUGACGUUUUUUAUUGGUCGUCAUGAAGAAAAACAUGGGGUAACACUGUUGUUUUUCUUUGGUCGUCAUGAGGAAAAACAAAAGGGGUAACACUGUUGUUUUUAUUGGUCGUCAUGAAAAAAACAUAAGGGGUAACACUGUUGUCUUUGUCAAAUAAAACAUAAGGGGUAACACUUUCGUUUUUAUCAAAUGAAACGUAAAUGGUAACACUGUCAUUCUUUAUCUGUCGUCAUGAAAAACCCAUAAGGGGUAACACUGUCGGAAAAACUAUCGUUUUUACCAAAUGAAACAUGAGGGGUUACACUGUCGUCUUUCUUUGGUCGUCAUGAAAAAAAACAUAAGGGGUAACACUGUCGUUUUUUGUC